AUGCCCCUCAAAAUCCACCCCUGCACCACCGCCGACAUGCCCCGCGUCUUCGAAAUCCUAAGCCUCGCCUUCGGACGUCGCCACAUCUACAUCGACACCGUCUACCCCUUGCACUGUACACCCCAAGGUCGAGCAGCGGGCGCAUCCCGCCUACUAGCCACCCAGCAAUAGGACCCCUGCGCGCGGUUCAUCAAAGCCGUGGAUGAGGAGACGGGCACGAUAGUUGCACAGGCGAAGUGGAUUGUGUAUCGGGAUACUAUACCACCGGAGGGGGAACUAGAAGGGGAGUUUUGGGAGAGUGAGGAGGAGAGGGAGUUUGCGAGGUUGCUUUGUAGGGAGUAUUUGAUUCCGAGACGGAAGGCGAUUAGGGAGAUUUGA